AUGGCGGUUGUCGCGUACAAGGAUAACAUAAUUGUUCUUGGUGGUUAUGAUGGCAGUAAGUCGCUGAACGAAGCUUUAAUGUUCAAUGCUACCACUCACGAGUACAAGAGAUUGCCUUCUAUGUUAGAAAAAAGGGAUGGCUGUGCUGCUGUGAUCAUGGGUGAUGUGAUUGUGGUUAUGGGAGGACGUUCCAGCACAUAUCUUAAAUCAGUGGAGUAUUAUGUGAUUGGUGACAGUGCGUGGCAAGAACUGCCAGCUAUGAAUCUAGCUCGAUAUAAUGCCACUGCCUGCGUGUAUGCAUGA